CGUGUCUGCUUUCUCUGCAGCGGGAGCCCAGCAUUGAUCUGCUGCAGGCCUUUGUGGAGCACUGGAAGGGCAUCACACAGUACUACAUUGAGAGCACAGAUGAAAACACCCCGGCCAAGAAAACAGAUAUUCCCUGGCGGCUGAAGCAGAUGCUGGACAUCCUGGUAUAUGAAGAGAGGCAGCAGGCAGCUGCUGGCGAGGCUGGGCCAUGUCUCGAAUACCUACUACAGCACAAGAUACUGGAGACCCUGUGCACACUGGGCAAGGCUGAGUACCCCCCAGGCAUGCGGCAGCAGGUGUUCCAGUUCUUCAGCAAGGUCCUGGCCCAGGUGCAGCACCCCCUGUUGCACUACCUCAGUGUCCACAGACCUGUGCAGAAACUUCUUCGAAUUGGUGGGACAGCCCCUGGGUCCCUCACAGAAAAGGAGGAGGUACAAUUCACCAGUGUCCUCUGCUCUAAGAUCCAGCAAGAUCCAGAGCUGCUUGCCUAUAUCCUGGAAGGUAAAAAGAUUAUAGAUAAGAAGAAGGCAUUCAGAGAAUCUACCGCUCUGCCUAAAGACACAGCUGGCCACAGGGAUAAGGACUAUCCCCACAACAGGGAUCCCCAACUGGAUAGGGAGUGCUGUGGUGUCCCUGCCUUGAACAGUCCUCUGCCUGCUAAGCCUGAGGGGACAGAAAAUGGGCCUGGGGAGAGCAACCUCAUCACCUCUCUGCUUGGGCUAUGCAAGAGCAAGAAGGGUCGGGUAGCCCUGAAGGCCCAGGAGAAUCUGCUGCUCCUGGUAAGCGUGGCCUCCCCAGCAGCUGCCGCCUACUUGACACAGAACAGCUCCUGCUGUGUGGCAAUUGCCAAGCAUCUCUGCCAGCUGUACCAGUCCAUGCCUACCUUCCUUGACCCAGGAGACAUCGCCACUUUAGAGGGCAUCAGUUGGAGGUUACCCAGUGCCCCAUCUGAUGAGGCAUCCUUCCCUGGCAAGGAAGCCCUGGCUGCCUUCCUGGGCUGGUUUGAUUACUGUGACCACCUUAUCACAGAGGCACACACGGUGGUUGCAGAUGCCUUGGCAAAGGCUGUGGCUGAGAAGCUAUUUGUAGAGACCCUGCAGCCCCAGCUUCUACAUGUGUCUGAGCAGAGCAUCCUGACCUCCACCGCCCUGCUGACAGCUAUGCUGCGCCAGCUGCACUCCACUGCACUGCUGCAGGAGGCUGUGGCCUUCCUCCUGGGCACUGACCAGCAGCCUACAGCCCCCCAGAGCAGCCCCUGCACCCUGGGUGCACACCUCAUCAUGCACUGUGACCAUCUGUCUGAUGAGAUCAGCAUUGCUACUCUGCGGCUAUUUGAGGAGCUGCUCCAGAAGCCCCACGAGCAAGUUAUCCGCAGCCUAGUCUUGUGCAACCUCGAGGGCCGCCUGUAUGUGGCUCGGGGCUCUCAGGAACCAGAGAGCUAUGAGGACACUCUGGAUCUGGAAGAAGACCCCUACUUCACAGAUGGCUUCCUUGAUUCUGGCCUUCAGCCCUCCACAAAGCCUCCGCCAGCUCCUGCUACCAGUUCUGAUGGGAAAACAGCAGUGACUGAGAUUGUCAACAGCUUCCUUUGCCUAGUCCCUGAGGAAGCCAAGACAUCAGCCUUCCUGGAGGAGAAUGGAUAUGACACAUACGUCCACGAUGCCUAUGGACUGUUCCAGGAGUGCAGCUCCCGUGUGGCCUCCUGGGGCUGGCCCCUGAGCCUUGCACCCUUGGACCCUCAUGAGCCUGAAAGACCUUUCUUUGAGGGUCACUUUCUUCAAGUGCUCUUUGAUCGCAUGGCCCGGAUUUUGGAUCAGCCGUAUAGCUUGAACCUACAAGUGACCUCAGUCCUGUCCCGGCUCGCCCUCUUCCCCCACCCCCAUAUCCACGAGUACCUCCUGGAUCCCUACAUCAGUCUGGCUCCUGGCUGCAGGAGCCUGUUCUCUGUGCUUGUCAGGGUGAUUGGAGACUUAAUGCAAAGAAUUCAGAGGGUACCCCAGUUUCCAGGCAAACUGCUUAUGGUACGAAAACAACUGAUGGGCCAAAUCCCCGGAGAGCAUCUGGACCACCAGACCCUCCUCCAGGGUGUGGUAGUACUUGAGGAAUUCUGCAAGGAGCUGGCUGCAAUUGCAUUCGUCAAGUUUCCCCCACAUGGUCCUCACCUGAACUUCUCUCCACCCCCGGAAGAACAAGUCUGAGCCAGAAGCAUGAUGGGCGGGGGAAGGCGCCUCCUGCCUGGUCCUGCUGCCACUGUCCUCCAAGCUGGGGGUUUCAGCUCCCAGGCUAACUGUAGGACACGUUGGCCUGAUGACCACAUGAACCUAGGUUUUAAGGAAGUGCUGAGGAGCAAAAGAGCUGGCUUCUCAGGCCACAUGAUAACCUUGGGGCCUUUUCAGAGCACCUGGACGAUGGCCAGCGAGCACCUUCAUGUGUUGUGUGACUGUCCUUGCUAUACAGUGACCAGAACCACAACAUGAGACAACUCCUGGGAUAAAGGGAAUAAGCUGCUGGCCCCGAGGCUGGCUAGGAACCCCCACCAGAGAGACAGGACCAGGAGGCCUCUGUUGCAUUAGGUGUCAUGGAAGCUGCCAGGACUCAACAGGUUUCUUUCUGGCUUCCGUGGCUUGAGCAGUGGUGAAGCAGCAGCACAGGGGACUGAGGGGAAGCCCCCUCUUCUUUCUCUGCCCUCCUGGAGACUGUUGCAAAAUUCCCAAUCGCCUCAUGGCAAAUGCCCAAAGCAUGCUCCUCGCCCAGGCGGGGGCAGCUGCUAACGAGAACUUUGGCGUAGCUGCAGCCAGGGCUCCAGCUCCAGCUGGUUCCUCUCUGGCGCCUUCCUCCGAACCCGUCUCAGCAGGUCCACAACACCUGGGCAAGAGAGGUCAGUGACCAGGGGAGGUAGGCCUUGCCCUCUGAAUCCUGCCCAGCACCAAGCACUCCCAGUGGAAUGAGUUGGAGAGGACAGGGACUUGGGAUACAAGUGGGAUAGGGUACCCCAACUCCAGACCUCCAAGUCCUGGCAGCGAGGGGCUAAGGCCCAAGCAGCUAGCUCUGGUGUUCUUCAUGUGCCCUCCGUGGCUGGGGCUGCCACCCCACCCAGCCUGAAUCUGUCUCAACCUGCAAGAACACACAGGCGGCGCCAGGCAUUACCUCACAACAAAACUGCAGUUGUUGGCUUCGCUCCUGGGCAAGGAGGAGCAGGCCAGAGCCCCUUUCGCUUCCUUUUCCUGCCCAUGCCGCCUCUCGAAGCUGGGCACAGGUUGCCAAGAGGUGACAUGAAAGAGGAGGAAACUCAAUGACCUCUACCUCUCCCGCAUUCCUCCCAGCGGGGGAGGACUUCACUGCUGCUCUGAAGAGCAUCAUGCAUGCAUGCGUGUAUGUGCGUGUGCACAGGUGCUGGUGUGGGACAGGAGCAGAUCUCCCUGGGUGGAUUGGGUCUGCACUCUUCAGAUUCGUACACGUUUGAGGGUCUGGGUGUCAAAGACCCUGACCUCUAUUCAAUGCACUUUGGCAUUUGCACGGUGUCAUCCCUACACAGCACAGCAAUAAACUGUGAGUGUGUGGACACAGUGACUGUU